AUGACAGAUAAAGUCGCUCAACAACCGUUUGAGGAGGAUAUGGGGCUCGAAGAAGAGGAGGCUGCGUCUACCACUAAUAGGACGGAAGCAUGGGAGAAAGAAGCAAAGCUUAAGAGGAGGACACUCCUUCAACAAAUCACUACGACGGGGAGAAGAAUUGAGGCCCUGAUUUAUACUAGAGGCUCAAGAGGAGCCAUACUGGGCCUUCUUCGUCACUUUGAUGAGCUUCUGGUAAGAGCGUCCCUUCUACAGACGGAAUUGUCAGCCCUGGAGAACGACGAAGAGGCAGAACGUGAAGAUAACCUACAUCUCACGUACGUUACUCGAGUCGGGGAGACCACCAAAGCAGCCAAGGCCUACUUAGCUAGCAGAGAAGGAGAAGCCGCGUCUGUGAUUGACUUCGGCGGAAAUGUUCCGGCAGCUCCUUCUGUCUCACCGCCCGAGAUUCAACGUAGAGAACAAGCCCAUCGAGAAGAGUUAGCGGUUGCCCAAAAGAGAUGUGAUGAAGCACGAGAACGCGCCAACCAAGUUCGGGAGGAAUGCGAUGCAGCACAGGCGGCAUUGAGGCAGUUGACCAGCCGACCAGCAGAUCUGGAUCAGUUUUCUUCUGUCAGCCAGCAAGUGGGUAACGCAAAUCCCCUGGUGGACGAAUGGAUUGCACGGCAACGGCGCAUCAACAGCAACACACAAGAAACACCUGACGAUUGGAUCGAUCAAUACAGCGCCGGUCUCCUACCACCAGUCUCCAACAAACUUUCUGCCCGUUCUGCUGUCUCGGCGGAAAUCGCGUCCUAUCAAGGGAAAUCUUUGGAGUGGUUCGAAUGGAUUGACCUCUUUCGCGCCUUGGUCCACGACACUCCCAAAUCGCCAGGGGAAAAAUUGGCCCUCCUGAAACGAUAUCUGAGAGACGAGUGUCUUGACGUGGUGUAUGGUUUAGGCGGUGGUGAGACGGCCUAUAUUCAUGCGUUGGUGCGUUUAAAAGAGACUUAUGGGCGUCGCGACGUCAUGAGAGCGGCCUAUCUUCAGGUUCUCGACCGUUUGGAGCUGAAAGGUGAAGCCGGAGCGUUCAAAAGGUUUGCCGAAAGAGUUUACUCCCAUCUGUUCGAUCUCAGCCGGAUUGGGGAGAUGUCCACAGCCGACGUGAUUGAAAAGAUAUGCCUUAAAUUGAACCUUAAAGACAGUUUCGCCUGGAAUGAAGAGUGUCAUGGCAACCUGGAGCGACGGAGUCUGAACAAUUUCGGAACUUGGCUCUGUUCGAGAGCGUCAGCCUACCAAAAUGCAUAUUGUAACAGUAAGUUGUAUUGA